AUGGCUGCCAGCAACGACCUCCGGGGCUGGGUAAUGAGCGGUGUCUCCGGCGUGGCUUGUGUCCUCGGAGCCGCCGUCAUCUGCGCCGAUCUGGUCGUGCGGCGGGUCACCAAUGACAAGACCUUUCAGAUCGCCAACAGCAAUAAUUUCCUGUCGGCCUCACUAUGUCUGAGUGCUGGUGUGAUGCUCUUCACCUCGCUCUAUAGCAUGCUCCCCACCUCAAAGGAAUACCUCACGCGCGCCAGCUUCUCCCCCUCCGCAUCCGCAUAUAUCUUGAUCAGCCUGUUUCUAGCCGGUGCUAUUGUGAUUAGAGUUGUAUCCGGCUUUGCCCACCGCUUCAUCCCAUCUCAUGUGGUCGAUUGCGCCCAUACUCAUGCUCCGGAACAAGACCCCGAGCGUGGCGAGGGUCAACUGGGUGCACGCAGUGAGCAUGGCCAGGCCAACGGUCAAGGUCACACAGAGAGGACUCCUCUUCUGCGACCGAAGCAACCCCAGACUUUCAAGUCCACCCCUGCCGUUAUACAACGGACGGAUCCUUCAGCGAGAGCUCUCAAGCGGGAAUCAUUACGCGCGAUCCUUUCACGGCGGGUCAGCUCCCUGAUGGGUGGUGUCAAGGAUAUCGGUGAUGAGGGUGGACCGUGCUAUGGUAUUUCCCAGACAUGUGGUCAGGAAUGUAUCAAGGUGCUUCCCAAAGCUAGUCUGCCACCCACAGAUGAGUCCGUGGAACUGGGUUCGGAACGAGAUCCUGCCGUGGAUAUGGCCAUUGACUCUAUUCGGACCGCGUCUGAUACGGGGUACUAUGACGCUAUUUCUACCCAGCAUCUCGUCGGCCAUGCAGGAGUUAGUGCUGCGGACUCUUCGGCCUCAUCCCCGGCGCAUCUCCACCAGGAUGACUCUAGUCAUCAGCAUUCCAAAAAUGUUUCUCAGCCUGAUCAUGACCAUGAUAAUGCCCGUGAAGACAUCGAUGACGCUUCUAAACCUGCCGAGGAUGGUGUACAUCACCACCACGUUCCACAAAAUGCCUUUCUCUCCAUUGGUCUUCAAACCUCAUUGGCCAUCGCCUUGCAUAAACUUCCAGAAGGUUUUAUCACAUAUGCGACCAAUCAUGCUAGUCCAACCCUUGGACUGACUGUAUUCCUCGCCUUAUUCAUCCAUAACAUCGUGGAAGGCUUUGCCAUGGCAUUGCCUCUAUACCUAGCCCUUGGCUCCCGUUGGAAAGCCAUGUUCUGGUCCAGUAUUCUCGGUGGAAUCAGCCAACCGGCCGGCGCUGGCCUCGCCGCUCUGUGGAUUUGGACCUCGGGGCACACUGGCCAUGAGAAAACGGGGCCAUCCUGGGGUGUGUAUGGAGGUAUGUUCGCCGUCACGGCCGGCGUGAUGACCUACGUCGCGUUGUCGCUGUUCAGUGAAGGCCUGGGAUUGACUCACCACCGAAAUAUGGGCAUUGGGUUUGCAGUUCUUGGCAUGGGAAUAAUGGGUGUGAGCUUUGCCUUGACGGCUUGA